AUGGAGAAACAAAAGGGAAUAGUGCCGCAAAAUGAUGCAGACGGAUAUAGUAAUUCCUUAACUACUCCAAGCAUUAACAAAUACUAUACUUCAGAGACUAGGUCUGCAUGGUGUGAAACGGGUGGAUCGGAGAAGUUAUUCUAUAGAAUUCUAAUUUCCAUGUUAAGCGAUGAUGUGAAGUACGAUUCAUUCACUAUGAGCAAUGACGAAGAUAUGCAAGUUUUGUUCCAUUAUCGUCGUCAGUUUCUCGAGUUUUUUGGAGGUUCAAACCAGAAUCCUCAAUCUUUAGGACAUCCAGCCUGCUCUAGUUCUAUGCUUGUUGGUGCCUCAUUAACUGUGACGGUGAUUGUACCUGAGGUAGUUUUAGUUGCUUCUCCGUCCUUUGCAGCUAAUCUAAACAGUAGUGGUGAUGCAGGAGUUGGUGAGACUGGGCAAUUGGGGGAGGUUGCGAUUGCCAUGCCCAGUACUCCUGUUAUGGUCCCUGUUUUAGGAGAGGGUGGAGUACCAGAUGGGAUUGAGGAUGCACUACAUGAUGAUGAUGUGGAGCCCGCCACAAUAGCUGAUGAUAGUGACGACGAUAUACCACGGACCACUCCAGUUUUUCAAGAUAAAGAGGAGGUCGUGUUAAGUGUAAAGACUUAUAGCAUCCGCUAUGGGGUUGAGUACAAGGUGUUGGAAUCUGAUAAUCGCAAGUACUUUGGCAAGUGCAAGGAGUUCGGCAACGGGUGCACAUGGCUCAUUCGGGUUAGCCUCCGCCAGUGCAGAGGUAUUUGGGUGGUGAAAUGGUACAAUGAUACUCACACUUGCCUAGCCACAUCGAUAACUAGUUAUCUCAGGAUGCUUGAUUAUCAUGUCAUAUCGGCCUUCAUAUUGCCCAUGAUUAGAGCUGAUGUUACUGUCUCGAUCAAGGUACUGCAGAAUGCCACGGAGGCACACUUACAGGAGGGUUUGGAUGGCUAA